AUGACCUCAGAAGCUGACAGGAUCUGCCCAGAGGGCAAAGACUUUGUUGAAGUAAUUGAAUAUUUAAUGGACCCAAGGAACAAAGAGAAAUUGCAACACCUGUUAAGUGAUGAAGCCUGGAAGAGAUUUGUGGCUGCAACCAAAUUGUCCAGGGAUGUGGCAGAUGCACUCUAUGAAGACUUGAGCCAGCUGGAAGCACUCAUGGCCAUGGAGGACAAAGACAUGUCCUCAGCAGACCAGAUGAAUAUGGAUACCUUUAUGAAGGCGUUUCCUCAGGUGAAACAGGACCUUGAGGAAUGCAUAGGAAAGCUCUACGCACUUGCAGAUGAGGUUGCCAAGGUGCACAAGGACUGCACCAUCACCCAAGUGGCGGCCUCUUCCACGGGCAUUGUGUCUGGCAUUCUCACCAUCGUUGGCCUGUCUCUGGCACCUGUGACAGCAGGAGCUAGUCUGGUGCUUUGGGCAACUGGGGUGGGACUGGGGGCAGCAGCUUCUGUGACCAGUGUGACCGCUGGCAUCGUGGACUUCACAAAGAAAAAGUCAGCAAAAGCCAAAGCCAGCCGCCUAGUGUCAACUGGCAAUGACACAGGGAACUUGGUCAUGGAGGAUCUACAUCACAACUCAUUCAAAAUUGGGCUCCUUUUAAAAAAGUGCAGCCAAUCCCUGGUAGGUAUUUUGGAGAAUUGCCAGGCGUUCAAGCUGGCCAAAUCCACUCCUCUCUUUGCAGCUGAGGCUACAAGUGUCAUACGCACUGGGGCAAUCUCAGGCCAAAGCAGCAAGCAGCUGCAGAAAGCUUUUGGAAGCACUGCUCUGACAAUGAGCAAAGGAGCCAGAAUCGCUGGUAUAGCCACUGCAGGUUUUUUCCUUCUUGUGGAUGUAAUCCAGCUAGUGAGAGAGUCAAAGCACUUACAUGAGGGCGCAAAGGCCCAGUCGGCUGAAGAGUUGAGGAAGCAGGCCCAGGAGCUGGAGAGCAUGUUGAAAGAAAUCACCUGCAUUCACAAAAGUCUUCAGGAGGAAUUGACUCUGUUUAUGCAGAUGUAG